AUGAUUAAAUACUACUUUAAAACUGAAUUAUACAAUGCUAAGCCUACUCAUUCUUUUCAAGUUACUAACUCUAAAAAUAUUCAAUCAAAUACUGCAAAGUCCACUCCAAAUAAAUCUUCAUCACAGGCUUUUAAAUCCAAAAAUCGCUCAAGUUCAAUUUCAAAGAGCUCUGAUACUUUUAAAGUCAAGUAUAAAACCUCUUUUAGAAAUAUAUCCAAAUGUCAAGGCAACAAUAAUGUUAAAAGUGAUAAAUUUGAACAUCUCUUAAUUAUGAAAAGGCAAAGGAACUCCUAUAUGGUUGAAGAAAAAUAUAAAGCUAUAAAAUUGGCACGUCGUACAUCAAAUACAUUUGCUGCUCAAACCUAUUCUCUUGACUUAACAAUGCUUUGUUGGUGGGUUAAAAAUUUUUCCCAAGGCAAUCUUUCCAACAAGAAUUCACGAAGAUAUAACCUUUCUCUCUGCCGCAAAACUAAUAUUGCGCAAAAGUUACCAGAAGAUCUCGAAAAUAAGCUGUUACAGUUUCAGCGAUUUGUUAUCCGUCUUCGCCAGAAAAAUAAUUAUCCUCUUGGAAAGGUUUGGCCAGCUCACACGCCUCCUCCUCCAGCUGGUAUAGUUGUUUGGUUUCAAGACAAAGGGUGGAUAGCAAAUGGUGAUGAUAUUUCUCAUGAUAUUAUCAUUCGGUCAUUUAAAAAAUAUGGUAUCUCUAACUAUUUAUCAGGAAGUAAAGAUCACUUAAUUUAUGAAAAUGAUGGUGAGAAUUUGGAAAAUGCUAAGUCUGUUAAUAACAGUAAUGAAAGUGAGAUUAAUAGUGAAUACGAGAGUGCAAAUGAGAAUGCAAAUAAUAAUUAUAAUAGUGUGGAUAAAGAUACUAAUACAGAGAAUGAUUCUAAUAAUUAG